UGACACUGUAAAACAACAAACAAACCUUCUGAGAUUUCGCCGGCGAGAGAAGAGAGAGAGAGAGAUCCAACGGUUCGAGAUGUUCCUUCGCGCAAUCGGACGGCCACUACUGGCUAAAGUGAAGCAGACGACGGGGAUCGUCGGCCUCGACGUCGUGCCGAACGCGAGGGCGGUGCUGAUCGAUCUGUACAGCAAAACCCUAAAGGAGAUCCAAGCCGUGCCGGAGGACGAAGGAUACCGCAAAGCGGUGGAAUCGUUCACGCGCCACCGUCUCAACGUCUGCAAGGAAGAGGAAGACUGGGAGGCGAUCGAGAAGCGCCUCGGCUGCGGUCAAGUCGAGGAGCUCAUCGAAGAGGCGCAGGACGAGCUCACGCUCAUCGGGAAGAUGAUCGAAUGGGACCCUUGGGGUGUUCCAGAUGACUACGAGUGUGAAGUCAUCGAGAACGAUGCACCGAUUCCAAAGCACGUUCCUCAGCACCGACCUGGUCCACUUCCUGAGGAUUUCUACAGAACUCUUGAAGGUCUGAUUUCAGAGUCCAAAACAAAAAUCCCAGCUGCUGCUGCUACCUCCUCCACUGAACCGCAGUUGAAGGAGUAACUUCCAGUUUUUCACAUUGUUUGUUUGUGUACUUGUUGCUUUGUUUGGCUACUACUGUUCAGAGACAGCGAGCCUCUGAAUAAACUGCUUUUAAUAAUCUUUUGAAAACUAGAACAAUGUCACUCGUUUCAUAAAUGUUUUUUUUAUCUUUCUUCUCAAAGACCACCUAUGAUAAUACAAAUGAUGUUUCAUCA